UGGGCCUUCUGAGCACCACCUCGAUCCCACAUCACUUGGGCCGCCCGUUCCUCGAUGUCUCUUACAUUUUAUAGCGGAACGGAAAGACAUGGUUGUUUCAGCCCAAGCUUGUAUUUGACUGUUGGGGAACCGCUCAGUGUUUGGAAACAAGCAAUUACAAAAGGACGGAUUCAACCAAAGGUUUACUAAGUUAGCGGAAGUGUAACAAUUGAAUUAUCUUGCAGACCAAAUAAAAACAGGAUUUUUUGCACACGAUUUGGUGCGAUAACUAAAACCAGUUUGUUAGCCGCAGAAUCUUAGCAGGAGAACUAGCUUGCUGGAUAAUUGUUUCUUGACGUUGAUAAAACAACCCUUGAACAUUUCUCUAUAUUUAACGGCAGAAUGUUGUUAUUAUCUCCGUUACAGCGUGUUAUGAUUUCUAGAAAUCUGUGAUUUUUGUCGGGCAAAACAGCUAGCUGGAAUUGUUUUCAGCAGCUAUACAGGUAACAGCGGAGGGCUGACAAACGUUCCCUUAUACUUGUGGCGAUAGCUAACCAGCUAAGGCUAGAUCUUGAAUAAACCAGUUUAAGAGAGGCUGGUGUAGGUAAAAGAACAUUAAUGCUACACUGUCAAACAAUUUAGAGGAAAGGAACUGAGCAGCAAUCAAACGUUAUUUGACAGCAUUCCGGUUGGCGACGAAACAAAGAAGAUUUCAGUCUAAAAAAUAUUUGAUUUCAGUCGCUGAAGGCAGCGCAGGAAGAAAUUGACAUGAUGUUUCCACAAUCCAGACACUCGGCAACAUCUCAGUCAACGCAACCACUCAAGUUCACCACCUCAGACUCCUGUGACCGCAUCAAAGAUGAGUUCCAGUUUCUGCAAGCACAGUACCACAGUCUGAAGCUGGAAUGUGACAAGCUGGCCAGUGAGAAGUCGGAGAUGCAGCGUCACUAUAUCAUGUACUAUGAGAUGUCCUAUGGACUGAACAUUGAAAUGCACAAACAGGCAGAGAUUGUAAAGAGACUGAAUGGAAUCUGUGCCCAGGUGUUACCCUACCUCUCACAGGAGCACCAGCAGCAGGUCCUGGGGGCGAUAGAGAGAGCCAAGCAGGUCACUCCACCAGAGAUGAACUCAAUCAUUCGGCAGCAGCUCCAGGCUCAUCAGUUGUCUCAGCUCCAGGGUUUGGCCUUGCCCAUGACCCCUCUACCCCUGGGCCUGACUCCCCCGACCCUGCCGGCAGUGACCUCCAGCUCCGGCCUCUUCUCCCUCUCCAGCAUCCUGGCCUCGCAGGCCCACCUGGCGAAGGAGGAGAAGAGCACCCGCGAGGGAGCAGACAACCACCGCGAUGAGGACGGGGACAAAUCUGACUAACGGUUUCUCACAGAAUACACCAGAGAGGACUAGAAAAAGAGCGGAGAGCUCUGUCUUUCUCUCUUUCUCUCUUUUUCUCUUUUUCUCUCUA